AUGGGUGAUGAAGAUUUGGACGAGGAGAAAGAGGGCUUUAGCCAGAAACUUUUGAUCGACCGAUUAGUUCUGAAGGAUCUGCGUAACGAAGCGCAAAAAUUGCUUAUUUGGAAGAAACUUACUAGUAUUGCGUCAGAAGGUCUUAUCAAACUGAUAACAAUCCUGAAACGGAAUAGCGCAGUGUUGUCAGCUCGGGUGAAACCCGCCUGCUUGUUCCCGUCAUUACAGAAGAGGAAGGAGAAGCGGAUGACCAAGACCUCAAGGAACUCAUUGACGAACGGCUGA